ACAAGAGCUCAAGCAUUCUUUGUUCUGCUCACGUCUCUGCACUUCGAGUGAUUAAUUGGAACAGAAUGAAAAUCCUCUUCUUAUUUGGAUUUCUUGCGACUGCGCUCAGCCAACAUCAGUUUCAGGCGGGCUUUUCCAACAAUGUAACAAACGAGAAUUUCAAAGUAUUCGAUCUGAACCUCGACGACAUUAUCCAUCUGAGUGAAGUGUUCACUGUGUUCAGGACAACGGAUACAAACGAUGAUGGAGUGGUCAUCCUUGAGGAGUUUACUGCUAUGAUUUCUGAAGAUCUUCCUCCUCUUCAAGCUCAAAUUUUAUUUAACUUUAUGGAAAGUCUGGACUCCACAGUCAAUGGUGUGAUGGAUUCAUCGGUCAUAUGCACAUUUUUCAGCAUCUUGGAUGUCGACAACAACAGGAAAGCAACUCUUGGAGAGUUUAAAAGCAACCAACAGCAGAGGAACGCCCACUUAAAGAAAGAGCUAAAGGACAUCGCGGGAUGUUGACAAUCUGUUGCAAUGAUAUGCAAACGAAACUCCAAAUAAAUACAGAUUUGUCGAAAAUAUAA